CCUGCCACCUUCCUGAGUCCCUGCACUCUCGUCUCCCUCUGUCUCUGCAGCAGCACCAGCCAGUUCUCGGAUCCUGCCAGCCAUCCAGCUCCACAGCUUUGUCCUUCAGGCACCAUGAGGAGCGCCAUGCUGUUCGCGGCUGUCCUCGCCCUCAGCAGCUUGGCUUGGACCUUCGGGGCUGUGUGUGAGGAGCCACAGGGGCAGGGAGGGAGACUCAGUAAGGACUCUGAUCUCUAUCAGCUACCUCCAUCCCUGCUUCGGAGACUCUACGACAGCCGCCCUGUCUCUCUGGAAGGACUGCUGAAAGUGCUGAGCAAGGCUAGCAUGGGACCAAAGGAGACAUCACUUCCACAGAAACGUGACAUGCACGACUUCUUUGUGGGACUUAUGGGCAAGAGGAACAGCCAGCCAGACACUCCCACCGAGGUGGUUGAAGAGAACACCCCCAGCUUUGGCGUCCUCAAAUAGGCCCCCAGUGCAGAAAAGCACUCUGCUCCUGGACCCCGGCGGGUUGCAUCUUCAAGCAGAGCCUGGGCUCCUGCUUCCUUUCCUCCCUCCUGCCUAUGAGGCCCUCCGGUGGGCUCCCUUCCCUGCCCCCCAUAGACGCUGCAUGUGAACAACCCCAACCCCACGUCAGUUGUGGUUUCUGCAGUGUCCUGCAUUAAAAAUACGAUGUCUCCUCUUCAACAAUAAAGGGUUUUUACA